UCGUAGCGCAGCAGUCGUCUCUCGUCUCUCCCCUCCCCCGCCGUUGCUCCGUGGAGGUGGAGACAGCUCGCCGGGCGGUGGAAACAGCGUGACGCCCCCCUGCUGCUAUUGGAAACUAGUAACUUGCUCAGGCGAGGCCCUCCUCUCCGCUCCAAGAUAAAAAGGGCCCAAAUCGAUGGGUGCUUCCUCCCCUCGACCUCCCCCUCGCGAUUGAGCGCCGGACGCCAAGCGAUCGCGCCCCCAGGAGUCCCCAAUCCUGGUCCCCCCAGCCCCUUCUUCUCCUAUUCCUGCGCCAUGGCGAUCCGCCCGGGCUGAUAUCUGAUCCUCCUUCCGCGCUCCUCGGGUUCUCUGGAGGAAGAUUAGGGGAAUUCCGGUGGGGUUUCCGUGGCUGAGCACGGCCCUAGGCGCAUCCGCGGCGAGCCAUGGCGCCCGCUCCGGCUCCGGCUCCGGCCAUGGAUGUUGAGGACGAAGGUGGCUGUGGUGCCAAGAACCAGAACAACAUGGUGGUGGUGAAUUCAGAAGACGUCCCCACGGGGGGCUUCAAUGAUGGUGGUGCCCUUCUCGUCCCUUGCUCCAGGCCUGCCGGUGGCCACCCGGUGGUGGUGAACUCUGAGCCUGUGAAAGAUGAGGGAGGGGACACCACCGAAUGCUCGAGCUCGUUUGGGGACACCUGCUCUGGGUUUGACGAUGAGGUAGACAGUGGUGAACCAGAAGUGAAUUCUCACAUUUCAGCCGCUGUUGAUGGUGAUCUCGCCUCGAGGCCGCAUAGGAAAAAGGUGACAGCUGAGUGGAGGAAUUCUGUUCGUCCAAUUCUGUGGAGAUGUCAGUGGUUAGAGUUGCGCAUGAAGGAUCUUUCAUCUCAAGUAUCAAAGUAUGAUAGGGAGCUUGCUCUAAUCAAGAAGGAAAAAGAAGCGCAACAGGUAGUGAGCACAACAAAUGGUUCCAUGCCAGAAUCGAUGCAGGUUCGCAAAGGCCAUGGAAACAGUAGCAUGAAGAGGAGAAAGAGGAAGAGACAUGAAGAUACUGUGGACACCUCAUUGUACAUCAACAAGCACCAGAUAUUGUCAUACUAUUAUGACAAACAAAAUAAGGGAGCUGAAGCUGAUGAUCUCUUAAUUCAUGACGAUUGUAACAGUCCAGUUGAUCGCAGUAUCACAGGUGGACUGGGCACUGCUGCUUUGCUUGAUCCUGAGGAAUACGAUAUGAUUUCCGAGCAACUCGAUUUACAGAACAUUCUCUUGACAAUUGAUGGGGUCCAGUCUCAAGUUCAUUUGCUGCAAGAUCGUCUCAGCAAGGCUCAUCUUGAAGAAGAAACACUGGCAUUUUCAGAGGAUAAUACCCAGGUCAGGGUGGCUCGGAAGAGACAGAGUACUCAAAAGCGCUCAUUCUCUUACAAGAAGCAUCAAUAUACUAAACCACAGAAAAAGAAGAACCUAAACAUUUUGCUGAAAGAUGAUGAUGUACCAGCUCUUGCAGCAAGACCUGCUUUGCCUGACAGAGAGACUAAUGGUCAAAUAGAAGAUGUAAAGGGGAAUACGGAAGAAAAAAAUGGAGAGUGGAAUCACUCACAAGACACAGCUAUCACAGUGGACCUACUCUUGGGUGCUGAUAAUUCCCUACCAAAUGGUCAUAUGGGUGAUUUUUGCAAAGAAAGUACUGAUGAUAUCCUCAUAAACAAUCAAGCAGCAAAUGAAGGCUGCCAGCAGUUUGAGAAGGUCAAGCUUCUGGCAUCUGAAACUUCUUCCAAAGGCCAGAACAUUUCUGCUCCAGUGGAAAUGAAGAACACUUGUGCUCCAGUCAAAGUUGAUGACACUUGUGCUCCAGUGAAAGUAGAGAGUGAUUCUGCUCCAGUGGUCAAACAAGAAUUAUUCCUUGAAAGAUCAGCCGUGAUGAAGCCUGUCUGCCCUGGAAAGAAACAGGGGCGGAAGGUCAAGAAGAAGAAGAAAGGCGGUGGUUCUGCAUUUUCGAUGAAGAAGCAGAGUAAUGAGGCCUCCAAAACACUUGCUGCAAAACAGGAAACUGAGAGCACACCCUCUGCUGAAAUGGAGCUGGAAACCAUGACCCCUCUGUCUGCUUGGAAGAAGCUUAUAACUGGAAACAAAUCCAAAGCCGCAAAGAAGCGUAAAACUGGGGCCUCAGCAUCAAAGCAGCAGGAAAGAAGAAAGUCAUUCUCAGCAGCAAAGAAGCGGAAAACUGAAAACUCUUCCUCAGCUGCAAAGAAGCAGGAGACAGAAAACUCAUCCGCAGCUGCGAAGGGUCCGCAGGCUGUGCUGGUGGCUGUAAAUAGCAGGCGGAGCCAAAGGGUCCGGAAGCCCAAAGUUUACUGAAGCAGAGCGACCUCGCAGGGUCGUUGUGUCUGCAUCAUCAGCAUAGGCAUUGUUGAUUUGUGUCUCCUCCCCCUUUGUCUCGCCGCUGAAGAUUUGUGUCUCCUUCCCUUUCGUCUCGUCGCCGCUGAAGAUGGUGGCCAUAUAGGAAGUGAUUGAUCGUCAUGUAAUGUAAGUUGUAGAUAUAUCAGCCUGCGCCUGCCUAGUAGGUAAAAGAAAGUCUGGAAUGGUUGGUUAGUCUUUAAACCCUUUCCUUCUGGGGUACCAAACUAACAAUUUUAUGUCGUGUUACCUCUAUCGAAAAAAGAACUAUGUCGUGUAGCUAUAUAAAAAAUUCGCAAAAAAAGAGUACCUAUAUCAAAAAAGAAAAAAGAAGAAGAGAAAGUCACAUGUACUUGUCCUCGGAAUUCGUGUUGUGUUGCAAAUAGAAAGUUGA